GCUAUUCCGCUUUGCUUUCGAGUUGUCCCUCCUCCCGGGCAGGGUCUAGUUUCGGUGUCUGCCCCCGGGAGGUGCUGCUUUCCCAUCCUUCCUUCCCCUCUCCUUGCCUCCCUCCCCCCCCCCCCCCCCCCCGGGCAAGGCGGGGCGAGGGGUUGUGGAGGACGAAGACUCUCUAACUCUUUGGGAAGAAGGAGGCUUUGGGCGUCUUUAAGCUGGGGUGUCCCCGGUCGUGGGGGUGUGAGGAUGGUUCCUAAUCUCCAGCGGUAGACGAAGGGCUGUCUUCUUCGAUUCUGCUGGUUGGUUCCUUCUUCCUUUAGCUUGGCUGUGACCAGAACAGCCUACGCGGGCUAAGUCCAGAGUGACUUGACUCUGACAGGAGUCAGGAAGAGAGCCAGAGAAUCCUUCUCCAGUGACAUCCAGGGCUGUACUGGAGAGAGAGAGAGCCCAAGCCAAAGGCAUCCUCCAGGGCAGCCGAAAGCUUGACUGGGUACUUAAGUAAAGGAGCGUGUGCGUCUGGGGCAGACUGGAUUUCUUUCCUAUAUCUCACUCCUUUGUGGAAAGUUUUGGGGAAUCAGGAACCUGGAGAGGGAGAAGAUGAGAGAUGGAGACGGACGUUCAGAUUCCCUCUGUGGUCUUUGGGAUUAUUAUCCUUACUACAGAAGAAAAGAAGUUGAUGUCCAGUAAGACUCAAGAUUCCCUCAUUCAAGAGAUUUUCCAAAGCUAAAGGAUUAAGACUUCCUGUGAGUCUUCUUUUGAUAUAUCAAUAUUCUCCUUCAUUCUCAGGAACAUUUAGUUCUGGUCUUCUGUGGAUCUUUAUUGCCACAUCAAGUGCUUUUGGAUGAAAACAUGGCAUCUAGCCUAACAUGCACAGGUGUGAUCUGGGCACUGCUCUCCUUUCUCUGUGCUGCUGCCUCCUGUGUAGGAUUCUUCAUGCCUUAUUGGCUUUUGGGAUCACAAAUGGGGAAGCCCGUGUCCUUUGGCACUUUCCGGAGAUGCUCAUAUCCAGUGCAUGAUGAGAAUCGGCAAACGAUGGUGAUGGUGGAGGAAUGUGGGCGCUAUGCCUCAUUUCAAGGUAUCCCCAGUGCAGAAUGGAGGAUCUGUACAGUAGUGACCGGACUGGGCUGUGGUCUUCUUCUCCUGGUGGCACUGACUGCCCUCAUGGGUUGCUGCGUGUCUGAGCUCAUCUCAAGAACAGUUGGCAGGGUGGCAGGAGGAAUUCAGUUCCUCGGGGGCUUGUUGAUUGGGUCUGGCUGUGCUCUUUAUCCUCUGGGCUGGGACAGUGAAGAAGUCCGGCAGACCUGUGGUUACAUUUCUGACCAGUUUGACCUGGGUAAGUGUGAAAUUGGCUGGGCUUACUACUGCACUGGUGGGGGAGCAGCCACCGCUAUGCUCCUCUGUACUUGGCUUGCCUGCUUCUCUGGCAAGAAACAGAAGCAGUACCCGUACUGAUGGUGCCAAGGAUGGUGCAAGGAGAUCCAGAUGGGAAGCUCUGAGAGACUGAAGAAUGAGGCACCAAGCAAGCUUUGAAAGAUGAAUUCAUGGCUCUUACCCAACACAAUGCUUAUGACGUGAGAUUGACGUGAGACAUCAUCUGACACAGGAUGGGGGGGGAAUUAUAAGUGGGAGGAGGGGGAUUUAUAAGAGGAAUGGGUGAAAAGGAAGGGGGGGAAGCAUACAUGAUGGACCAAAGUCUAAUAAAAUGCCCCCCUAUCCCCAGAGUAUUACUGGUUGGUUCUAAAAGAAUGCAAUUGUAUAUGCAGGAAAUGCUCUUUAGUUGUAACUUUUAAAACUAAGCAAGAUGGUAUAUUAAAUGACCAGUGGAAACAGGAAGGCAGGGUAAUCUCCAGAAAUCCCCUUAAGGCUUGGCACUUCUGAAAGCACACACCCAGGUAAACAUUUAUGCAUACAUCUGUAUUCACGUACACACACAUAUACACAAAAAAACAUGGCACAGAUUAAAAUGGAGAUUUAGACAAUGCAUUACCUGUCUUGCUUUUUUAUUGUUUAAAGUUCAGUGUUAUCCCAUUAUAAAUCAUACAUUAAUCCUAAUAAAUGGACCAAUAAGCCACUUUAUCAGUAUUUUAUGUAUUCUGCAUAAACUCCUUCAACAUGUAAUCACUGUUUAUUCAUACUUUUAAAAUUAAGCUUCUGUAAUUUCAACAUUCUACUCAGAAUGCCAUAUUUUACACUAUGUAUGCAGCUCCUGCUGCUGAAACUCAAAGAUAUAAAGGAACAGUUCUCUGUCCCGCAGAAGGAUGAAUUCACUUUGUGAUAGAUAAUAAGUAUAAGGAGAAAACAUUUGCUUUUGUUUCAUGAUUGUCAUAUUGUGCUGUACCCCCAUUUAUUUCAAUAUUCAUUUUUGUAAAAAAAGUGCUAUUUUAUGUUUGUAUUUUAAAAGCUCUGUGAAUAAAUUUCUCUUUGAUCAAUA